CAGGGGGGUUAACUGCCUUGUUCAGGGGCAGAACGAGCAGAUGUUUUACCUUGUCAGCUCGGGGAUUCGAUCCAGCAACCUUUCGGAUACUAGUCCAACGCUCUAACCACUAGGCUACCGACUGCUCCUUUAUCUGCAUUAGGUGAAAAUAACUGUUUAUCUCUCCUAUUGCUUUGACUUCUCUUGUAUUUUCAGAGCAGUUCAAAUUUAAAAGAGAAAGAGCCAAUGUAUUUGCCUCACUACCCAGACUCCUCGCUCUGGCCAUAUGCUACGCCACGCCAACGGACGUUAGUUUCUUCUCCGAAAUGAGUCUGGAUCCGAGUACCUCCCCCAACGAUUUCUAGAAUGCAAACCCUUUCUAACCAUUCUGAUUGGUCCCAGAAACUGAUGGAUUGGACCAGAGCCAGAACACACGGUAAAGCGGCGUUUAGAAAAUGUGUCAUUGGGUUUUGAUACUCUGAUUGGUCAGAGAUGAUCCAAUUGCUGAUGACUUUGUUUUGUACAACACCCCCUCCUUUUGAUGUCAGUUUGACUGAAGUAUGGAGCGAACGACAGAACAGCGGAAGUAUUUAGUUUGAGUCGGCAGUCAACCAAUAGUAUUGAUAUGGACUGUACUAUAUUAUUGCAGUUUUUUUUUAAAGUAUUUAGACAUAUAGAAUUGUUUUUUUUACCUCAUUAAAUUGUUAGUUUUUCCCAAUUGCUAAAACACAAUUUUGAAAACUAGGCUGGUUUUAUCCAAAUACUUAACACAAUUCACAAAACCACACACCCAAACUGCAAAAUGAAGCACUGCAACAAACUACACAUAUCAAAAUCAAACGUUUGCACGAAAUGGCACACACUUUAUUCAUAUUACCAGAUUUUUGUGUAACCAACUUCACACUGUUGGACAUAAUGAAAAGCACUCUCAUCUUUAGGAUGCUUUGCCAUAAUACUAAAAUAGUUCAAAUUCUAGAAGAUUCUUCAGAUGCACAGAAAUAUUUGCAGAUACACACACAUGCUGUUGAAACAUUUUAUUUUUCACCAAAACAAGUCAGUGCAACAUACGCACAGCAGAUAUAUUUACUUUGGACUGAACAAAAAUAUGCAAAACAAAAAAAAAGUCAACUGAAAAAGAAAAGUGCAGAAAAAAAUAUAUAGAAAAAAAGAGGCAUGAAAAAUAAUUAGGCAGCAUCUUGUCUCACAGCUGGGUCUGGCCACAAUGCCUCGUCCACAUCACAGGCAGCAUCUUGUCUGACAGCUGGGUCUGGUCACAAUGCCUCGUCCACAUCACAGGCAGCAUCUUGUCUGACAGCUGGGUCUGGUCACAAUGCCUCGUCCACAUCACAGGCAGCAUCUUGUCUGACAGCUGGGUCUGGUCACAAUGCCUCGUCCACAUCACAGGCAGCAUCUUGUCUGACAGCUGGGUCUGGCCACAAUGCCUCGUCCACAUCACAGGCAGCAUCUUGCCUCACAGCUGGGUCUGGCCACAACGCCUCGUCUACAUCACAGGCAAUAUCUUCCCUUGCCAGACAUCGAGGGAAGAAGCGCCUUGAGUGCCUUUAUCCAUCCCUGAAUCGCACCCACAUCAAUCUCAUCACAUGCCUCUUCCAUAGCCUACACAAGAGGCCUGCGCACUAAGGGCUGCCGGUCGUACACCUUCCACCGUCGUGCUGAAAAUAACUCUUUUAUGGGGUUUAGAAAUGGUGAGUAUGGUGGGAGGUAUUGCACGAGACAUGGUGGGUGGUCAGCGAACCAGUUUUGGACUGGUGCUGAACGAUGAGAGCUCACGUUGUCCCAUACUACAACGUACCGGGUUCUUUGAUCUGCAUCAUUCAUACGCUCUGGUGGUAUGAGAAUGUUGUGGAGUCUGUCCAUAAAUGUGAGAAUAUGGGCUGUGUUGUAUGGUCCAAGGUUGGCAUGACGGUGGAGGACACCAUGCCUAUUGGAGAUGGCAGCGCACAGUGUGAUGUUCCCACCACGUCGGCCAGGAACAUCUAUAAUGAGGUGGAGGACACCAUGCCUAUUGGAGAUGGCAGCCCACAGUGUGAUGUUCCACCCACGUUGGCCAGGAACAUCUAUAAUGAGGUGGAGGACACCAUGCCUAUUGGAGAUGGCAGCACACAUUGUGAUGUUCCCACCACGUUGGCCAGGAACAUCUAUAAUGAGGUGGAGGACACCAUGCCUAUUGGAGAUGGCAGCGCACAGUGUGAUGUUCCCACCACGUUGGCCAGGAACAUCUAUAAUGAGGUGGAGGACACCAUGCCUAUUGGAGAUGGCAGCCCACAGUGUGAUGUUCCCACCACGUUGGCCAGGAACAUCUAUAAUGAGGUGGAGGACACCAUGCCUAUUGGAGAUGGCAGCGCACAUUGUGAUGUUCCCACCACGUUGGCCAGGAACAUCUAUCAUGGCUCUGUGGCCAAUGACGUUUCUCCCACUUCUUCUGGUCUCUGCUAGGUUGAACCCAGCCUCAUCUAUAAAGAUGAACUCAUGUGGGUUUGCAUGAGCAUCCAUCUCCAGUACUCCCUGAAAACAAAGAACAAAAACAGUCAAUAUGGUGUUAUCCAGUACACUGGGAAACAAUGUGUGUAGUGUACUGCAGUCAAUAUGGUGUUAUCCAGUACACUGGGAA